UAAGGAGAUUCGGCAAGAUCAUGCUUGUACUUUUCAUUAGCCUCCUUGCUGGCUGCUAUUAUAUAUUUGUGGUGGAGCUGUGCAUAUUCACUGUACAGUUAUUAGAGGCAAAGAUCACCUUCCUGGUGAUUUUCCACCUUUUGUUCCUCCUGUGCGUGUGGUCCUAUCUCCGCACUGUUAUGACUCCUCCCGCUGUCCCUCCGGCAAAAUUCCGCCUGUCGGAGUGUGACAAGCAGCGGUACCUGAGUGAGAGAAAGCCAGAAGUGCUGCAGGAGAUCCUCGUUCGUAUGGCUAAAGACUUGCCUAUUUCUACUAAGGACUCAAAAGGAGCUUUUAGGUACUGUGACAUAUGCCAACUGCUAAAGCCAGAGAGGUGCCACCAUUGCCCAGUGUGUAACGUCUGUAUACUGAAACUGGAUCAUCACUGCGUCUUUCUAAAUAACUGUGUGGGAUUUUCGAACUACAAGUCCUUCCUCCUGUGCGUGGUUUAUGCAUUGCUAUUGUGCCUAUUCACUAGCGCAGUGUCACUUUAUGGCUCCAUACUAUUCUGGACUCAUCAGCUGCCCAACACCCAAUCCAAAGUGCCGAUCAUUGUGCUGUUCAGCUUGAGCACACUCUGCUGUGUAAUGUUAUUACUAUUGUUAGGGAUUCAUUGCCAUUGGGCUGUAGAUAAUAUCACUUCUAGGGAAGGUGAAAGUGGCACAUGGAAUGAACGUUAUGACUUGGGCUUGAGCAAGAACCUGAGACAAGUGUUUGGAGAUGAAAAGAAAUAUUGGUUCCUCCCAGUCUUCAGCAGCUUAGGAGAUGGCUAUACAUUCCCAAUGACUGAUGCCACAAAGGACAUAGAAAAAAAUGCUGCUGCUGUUGCCAAAGACAUUACUGAGAGCCAGAACUGAAAAAUCACUGGACUGACAGUGACCACAGGGAAGACUACGAGGAAGAAUUUGC